UAUUUCAACUCUUCCCGGUCCCAAUUCAAAAGUCCCUUCUGGAAAUGUUUCCUAAAACUUCACUUGUUUCUUCAAAAUCAUCUUUCGGUGUUAGAUUUUCAUCUUCAUUUAUUCGUUCUUCAGUUUCCCAACAUCAACACGCAAAAUCACCCAAGCACACCUCUACGUUUAAACGCCAUUCUCAACUUGAUCAUUUCCUCCAUGUGAACUGCAGGUCAGGUAACUUUUCUCUUCAUGAAGUUCUUGAUUCCUUCGAUUACAUGAUUCAUAUGAAUCCCACUCCCGCUAUGUCAUCAUUCAGCCUUUUGUUUUCUGCGCUUGGUAAGAAAAAGCAUAUUGAUCAACUUCUUGUGCUGUACACGAGAUUCAUUUCAGCUGGGUUGUUGCCGGAUUUAAUUAUUUUGAACAUUUUAGUUAAUUUCAUUUGCAAAAUGGCCCGGGUUUCUGAAGGCUUUUUGGUUUUGGGGAGUAUUUUUAGGAGGGGUUUAUAUCCCGAUGCGGUUACUUUUAAUUGUCUGGUUAAUGGUCUUUGUAUGGAGGGAAAGAUUAAGAAGGCCAUCCAAUUGCAUAGGAAAAUGGUUUUGGUUGGUUGUAGACCCAAUGGGUUUACGGUUGGGACUUUGAUUACUGGGUUGUGUCGAACAAGUAAUGUCACUGUUGCCCUUCAGUUAUUUGAGGAAAUGAAUAACGGGAAUGGGGAAUUUGGUGCCACUUGUAGGCCUGAUAUUGUUUCCUAUUCUGCACUUAUUGAUGGUCUUUGCAAAUAUGGGUUAGUAGACAAGGCAAAGAAACUGUUUUCAGAAAUGAAGACCAAGGGCAUUAAUCCAAACGUGAUUACUUACAACACUCUAAUUUAUGGCUUGUGUAAUAUAUCUAAUUGGGAGGAGGCUAGAACUUUGUUUAUAGAGAUGUUGGAGCAAGGGGUAAAGCCUGAUGUGGUGACAUUUAGUGUGAUAAUGGAUAAGCUUUGUUUGAAUGGAAAGAUAGAUGAAGCCAAUGCUUUGCUCCAGCUAAUGAUUAAUAGAGGUGUUUGUCCUGACACAAUUACUUAUAACACACUUUUGAGUGGUUUUUGCUUGGCAGGUAGAACUGAUGAUGCUAGAAAGCUAUUUGAUUCCAUGGCUAGUACAGGGUGUAAGCCUGAUGUUUUUAGCUACAAUAUUUUGAUGGAUGGUUUAUGCUUGGUGAAUAAAGCUGAUAAUGCUAAGGAAUUGUUUGCUUCAAUGUUGAGCAAGGGAUGUAUGCCUAAUGUAGUUAACUACAAUACUUUGAUCAAUUGGUACUGCAAGAAUCGAAAAGUUGAUGAAGCUAUGAAUCUUUAUAAGGAAAUGACUUUAAAGGGAGUUAGGCCAACAGUUGUUACUUAUAGCACCUUGCUAUCUGGCCUUUUUAUGAACGGUAAUGUCAGACAUGCAAAAAAGCUAUUUGGUGAGAUGCGACUUAGUAAUGUGCCUCCCAAUGUAAUUACGUAUAAUAUUCUUAUUGAUGGGUAUUGCAAAAAUGGUUGUGUUUUGGAGGCUGUUGAACUGUUCCAUACUUUAAUAAGUCGAAACAUUCAACCUAAUAUCAUAACUUUCAACUGUCUCAUUGAUGGGUUAUGCAAAACAGGGAGGCUCAAAAUUGCUUGGGAACUGUUUAACAGAUUGCGCAAUAAAGGCUUUGUUCUGAAUGUCAGAACAUAUAACAUUAUGAUGCAUGGAUUUUGUAAAGAAGGGAAGUUAGAAAUGGCAAGUAAUUUCUUGUUAGAUAUGGAGCAAGACCAUUGUGCUCCAGAUUUCAUCACUUUUAAUACUCUUAUGUUGGGAUUCUUGCGGAAUAAUGAGACUUCAAAAGUUGUUGAACUUCUUCACAAAAUGAAAGAGAGAAAUGUAAAGCCAGAUGCAUCUAUAGCUUCAAUUGUAUUAGAUUUACUGGAAAAGCAUGAAAAUUAUCAUGAAGUCUUGAAUUUGCUACCAUCCUUUUCAACCCAAGAACCGACAGGAUGUUGAUUUUCAAGUAAUUGCAUUUUCCUAGGGGAAUAUAGCUUUUCAUCAGAGCCUUGCUAGAUGUCAAAGUUUCCAUUUUAAGGUGUGUGCCAACAUUGUAGCGGUGAUUGUAUUUAAAUGAAUCCGUUAAUGAAGAAGUCAUACACUUGAAAAUGUUUUUGAGAUAGAUCUUACUAAAAACCUGUCGGGAUAAAUUAAAUCAUGAUAUUUUAUUGACUGCAAUGCGCAUCUCAACCUCUUAGUCAUAGUCAAUCUGCUAGAUGAAUGACUGAUGGUGAAUUUUGCAUUCCUAUUUGUGUCCAGCCUAGUGUCUCUCUUCAUUCCUAAAAAACAUGAGACGGUGGUGUACUAAAUAUGUUUAGUAUUCAACUCACCAGUUUGUUGGUUUGCUGAAAGUCUCUCUGAUUUAUUUUUAUAAUAUCCAAAUCAUUGAAGUUUUUAAUAAUUGUGUGUUUGAGUGUAUGCAUUUUUUCUUACUGGAAUAACAUGUUUAAUAGUAGCAGUGAAAUUAUUCAUUUAAACACAGUGAUUUAGUUUCUGAACGUAAUUAAUUUUAAAGUGAUAUUAGAUAGUUAAUCCAUGUCUUCAUCUUUGGUGAUUUAGCUUGACCAUCAAGUUGUUAUAUUAGUAUGUGCCUGGCACAGCUUUGUUUCUGAGUUUGACAGGUGCUUAUUGAUGUUUUCAAAAGAAUUACUGAUGAAGAUGUUUCUAGGAUGUAGAUGGUUAAACAUUUAAGGCCACUGAUUGUAAUGAUGCUUUUGAAUCAUUGGAGGAAUUGUAUGAACUCUUUUGCAAAUGUGAGUCUACAUUACUAGAAGCUAGCUAAAACUUUUGUAUACCUAAAAUUGUUGUUGAUCUGUAUAUUCAUUAUUUUGUGGGUCACAAGUGCUACUUGUCAUAGACUUAAAUAUAUAUAUAUAUAUUAUUACCAAUAGAUAUGUUGGUACAACUCUCUUUGAAGAGAUCAAUCUCCUUGCCAAAGCUUCUGGUACCCAAUUUGUGGUGACUGACGCUACAUUGAACUUCGAUGAUGAUGAUGCUGCCUUCCGUUGAAAGAGGUAUUUGCUCUUGUGAUUCAUCACUGCAGUACCAUUGAGAGGAAAGAGAAAGUAUUCUUGCUUAAAAUCUGGGAAAUGGUGUUGUAAAAGAAGCUGGUGCAAUUGUGGGAGUUCCUUUGAUUGGCUUAGGGAUGGAAAUGAUGAUUCAGCGCUAGUAAGUUUUGCAUUUUUAAGUAGUGUCAUGUGCUCUGGAAAGUAUCCCCAAGCCAUAAGAACAGGAUGCCUAUGGAAAUUAAGAUGACUUUCCAUUGAAAAUAACAUCCAGUCAUGUGAUCCAUCUCUUAAUAAUUGGAACUUGUAGUCUGCAAGUGAAUGCCACAAUGAAUUUGUUAGUAUUCAUUUGAGGUGAUAGUAAAGUAUAUAAGGGGUUGUCUUUAACAGGUCUAAACAUCAUAUUUGUCUCAUAUCAACCUUAUAAAAAGCUCAUUUAAAUAGAGUUUUUGUGCA